AUGUUGAAAAAAAGAAAAGAACUAGAAAGAAUAAAUUGUGUUAUUGAAAUGAAACGUUCAACAAAGAUAACAUCAAUUGUGUUUCCAUUAAUAGUAGUAUUUCUUAUGUUUUUCUUAGGAAUAGAAACAUUAAUUUUAGAAAUAUGGCAAUUUCCAUUCACUACAAUAAAAAUGGCAUGUUUUUUAUUUUGUUUUUGUUUCUAUUCACUUAUGUGCAUCUCAUAUUAUAAAGUAGUUUUCACUUCACCAGGAACAACACCAAAUGGGUGGUUACCAAAUCUCCCUGAAAUUCAACUUGAAUAUGCAAAAGAACGAUAUCGAAUAUCACAAAUGAAACAACAAAAGUUAAUAGAUAUGUUAUAUCCAGCUCAAUAUUGUGGAGAAUGUCAUGAAUAUAGACCACCAAGAUCAUAUCAUUGUAAAACAUGUGAUAAAUGUAUAUUAAAAAGAGACCAUCAUUGUCCAUGGAUUGGACAAUGUGUUGGAUUUAAAAAUCAUAAAUAUUUCAUUCAAUUCUUAUGGUAUACCCUAUUUAUUUUAAUAUUAGGAUUUUUAUGGCAUUGUUAUGGAUUAUAUAACUCUUAUUCUCUUCUUCAACAACAUCAUCAAACACUAGAAUUCUUUGAUGAUUAUAGAAAUGUACUACGUUUAGGAUUUGGUAUAUUAGAAUUUACACUGGCUAUUUCUAUUGGUGGAUUAGGAGUUGUUCACACAUACCAAGUAUUGAUAAAUACAACUGGUCAAGAAUCAAUUGAACUUAGCCAACUAAGAAAAAAUGGUUCCACUAAAGAAACUCGUUCAUUAUAUUCUCAUUCAAUGAAACAAAACUUCAUCGAAAUUAUGGGUCCUAAGUGGUAUGAUUGGUUUUUACCAACUCCUCCAAUAGGUGAUGGGAUUCACUUUACAAAGAGAAUAGACAUUACUGUUUAA